AGUUACUGAAAUGGAAACAAUUGAUGUAGAUUGAAGUGAACAGCAAAGGAAGUUCUUGUCUAGGAAUCCAUAACAGAAAAGUACUCAGCUAUCAUAAAUCCUUAAUUUCAGCACAAUCGGUAGGUAAUUGACAGGAAGAGAUCAAGGCUCUGGUCUCUGAUGAACUCCAAGUGGUUUCCUAUAAGUAGCUGAGUCUCAACCUUUAGGUGUCACGAAAUGUUGCAAAGAGGUGAACAUCUUUCCUCUUCAAGAAUGCAGUUAAAGUUCACAUUCACAAGCCACAAGAAUUGAGACACAAACUCAUGAUUGUUGAUGAAUUCUUUUGCUACCAUAAAUGGAAUUUUUUGAAUUCUAUAGCAAAGCAGUAAUGUGAUAAUCUCUUCUCUGAAUUUCUUGCAUAAGCUAACCAAGAAUUUGAUGGCAAUAGCUCAGUUCAGGCAUAGAGUGUUCAAGGAUGCAUUGCAAAGUAUUAUGAGCUGUGCAUUCUGGAGUGCUGAAUUUUAGUUGCUGAACAGGAAACAAUCUUUGUAGAUUGAAUUGAAGUGAACAACAAAGGGAGUUCCUGUCUAGGAAUCACUGUAGCAGAAAAGAACUCAGCUCUCAUAAGCCCUAAGUAGUAAAUUUUUUACUAAGAAUUUUAUUUUUCAUUAGUGCUUUAUACUGUUUUUCAUUAUAUAUAAAUUGAUUUCUGUGAAUGUUUGCUAGGAGUUGCAAAUUUUUGAUGUCAUGAAAUGUUGCAAAGAGGUUCAUUUGCAAAUUUAUGUGAUUGUGCUUCUGCAAAGUUGAAGUCCAGCUGAGCACCAUCUAAUGAUCUUAAAUUUAAUAGGGAGAUUCUAAUGGUGAAGCCAACAGGAAAAGGAUGGUGGUUUUAGAUUUGUCGGGUGAAGAUAAAUAUGUAGAUACUAUCAAUUUAGCAUCACCCUAUUCCGCCAAGUAGUUGUCAUCCCAAAAGUAGUCAGCAAAAACAGGAACAGUAAAUAGCAAACAGUCCUCUCCAACUAAGAAAAUCAGCUUUCUGAAACUGGCCUCUUGCAGCCAAGAAGUCUCUUACAGUAGGAAGUGCUGCUCCUAAUCUAGGAAGCAAAGUAGUAAACUAGAAGAAGGCAGGGAAAGCAAUGGUUUCCAAGCAAAGCAAUAUCUCAUCAUUCUUCAAGACAGUUAGUUUGGGCAGAAUGAAGUUCCUACCAUGUCAAAACUAGAGGUUGCAGCCUAAUUCACACCCACCACCAACAGAACCAGUUUGAGGAAAUGGCUUGUUUGGUACAAUGCAUGAUUCCUGAGGAGAAAAAAAUUCUUUCACAGAAUUCCUCUUUUGAAGAUCUUCAAAGCUGAGGAAUAUAAUGCAUCAACUGAGUACUACUGGGAGCCCAUCAUACUAGAGUCUAAUUCAAACCAUGCAACAAAUCACUGUUCGGAGACAGCUGGUGAACCUUGAUGCCAUAGCCAAAUUAUGGCAAGAACUAGGAAGGAGUUAAUGUGAGGUUUGAGAGCCAUAUCAGUCUAAGAUUGAUGCUACCAUCUAUGGAACCCCAGGGCUUGUUCAAGAAUACAUUGUGACAACUGCUUUUGGAUUGGCACUGGAAACUUGGCAAAUUGGUUAAAAUCCAACAUCAAUCCUCCAAUUCAAAGGGUCUUCUUCUUGACCAUGUCCCCAACACAUCUGUGGAGCUGGGAAUGGAAGCCAGACGGUCAUGAGAACUGUUUUGAUGAGACAUAUCCAAUUCAAGAAGCAUCAUACUGGGGAGCUGGAUUUGGUCUGGCCAUUAUGAAAUAGUUCAUGGUAUUUUACAGUAACUAAAGAUCAAUGUUCCGGAUUAGAAUAUAAAAUGGAUCUUUGAGUACAUUGCUGAAUAUAGAACCAUUGGGGAGGAAGGACACAGGAUUAGAGAUCGAGGAAUGAAUGUGCAACCUAUGGUAUCAUGGCAACCUCCUCUGGAGAUACCAUUAAGAUCAAUACCGAUACAGCAAUACCACAGGGGCAAGGCAAAGCCAGGUUUGGAGUUGUCCUUAGGAAGUAGGAACUGUGACAGCAAAGUUAUAGGAGCUGUGCAAAAGAACUCGUGGGUUUCAAGGAUCAGUUCUUCAAGAUGAGGUUAUGGCUCUUGAUUUCGCAUUGUGUAUGGGCAGAGUAUUUGGACACAGAAAUGUCAUCAUUGAAUCAGAUUGUCUUAAAGCCGUACGAGUAGCUGUGCCCAACGAUGAUUGUUAUCUUCCUUUUGGAGCAAUAGCGGAGGAAAUUCGAGCUAAGAAAUUCCAUUUUCUUUGUGUGUUUCCAGCAUGUAAAGCGUGAGUGUAACUUGCUAGCCCAUGGGUAGGCUUUAGCUACAUUCCCUUCACCUUGGGACGGUGUUGGCUAAUAAGGAAUGUAGAAUCAAGAUAUUUGAUACAAGGUUAAACCCCCAUUUUGGUCCCUCAACUCAAUAAAUCCUUGAUUUGAUC